AUGUUCUUGAUUGAAGGCCAAGGCAAAGCCAUCCUCUACACGGGUGACAUUCGUGCAGAACCGUGGUUUGUCAAUGCACUUGUCCGGAAUCCAUGCAUCCUGGAGUAUACAUGCGGCUUGAAGGCCCUCGACAAAAUAUACCUCGACACUUCAUUCCUCGCAGAUAUCCCAUUCCAAACAAAAUCUGAAGGCAUAGCUGAUCUUCUGGCAAAAGUCCAAAGGUACCCGGAAGACACCGUCUUCCACCUCCAAGCAUGGACCUUUGGCUAUGAGGAUGUGUGGAUUGCUCUAUCUAAAGCAUUAAACUCUCGUGUGUGUGCAAUCCCAAUUUCCCACAUCAAAGUCUUUCUGACUAUUCCAAAGAUUCAUGUCGACGACUACAAGCUGCGAAUAUUUAAUUCCCUCAAGAGUCGCUCCUCUGAUCAACCCUUUUCGCCAGAAUUUCACCUCGCAGCAGGUGCUGCGGUUUUGACAGGGCACAUGUGCGGAAAUACCCAGCAUCUAGGUUGCCUCACCUCCGAUACCAGUGUCCGAAUACAUAGCUGUGAGAAGGCGAAUAUGUGUUCUAUCGCCAAAGACCCCUCAGUCGUUUCGAUUCGACCAGUAGUCUGUCGACUCCCAGGGGGUGAGAGCAUGAUGGAGAAGGGUGUUGGAGGUGGGGGAACCGACUUCUCCAGGGAAGCUGAAUUGGGCUGCAUUACUCACGAAGACGUUUAUGCAUUAUUAGAGUCAUUGCCAGCUUGGGAAAAAGUCGAUGGUGAAACACAGAAAGACAUAAAGGCUCUUUUGGCAAGCAUGUCUUCAAGCGGCCGAGACCUGGCGUUGAACGUGUCCAUUGAACAAUUUGGCCAAAAUCUCUCUGCAGACAUGAGCUCUCUGAUACAGUCCCUCGUCAACAGAUUACGCAGCAAGACGGCCGUACCGAAAACGCCUGUUGACGAACAACCUGAUAUUCUCCCAAGGGUCAUCCUGUUUCCCUUUGCGAGGCACUCCCCGUAUAGAGAGCUGUGUGAGCUAGUCAAGGUAUUCGGCCCAAAGGAUAUUUGGCCAUGUACGGUAGACAAGCGAUGGAUAGAGAAAACAAUAACUGUGGAGUCUCUAUUUGGGAAAUACUGUUCGGAGCAGAUAUUCGAACACGACAAGCAAAUGGCGCCGUUGAUUGCUCAGGAACACGAGAAAAGAUCUCGUGAAGUAAGGACACCAACGGUUGAUAGCCAGUGCGAAACCAGUUUCGAAGUCACUCCCCAAAGCAGACCUAUACAGGAACAGGAAGUCCUAACCCGAUUACAACUGCCAAACGCCUCAGCAGAAAACGUGCAGGCACAAACUUCCCAUCCGACACAUGCUUCAUCAUCUAAGGAGCCUAGUUCAGUGAGUGCCAUACAUUCAGACCUUCAUUCGAAGACACGUACGGGCCAGGAUCAUGCUUCGCCAUCCCAACGUGAGGCAGAGCGCGGCGAUAAGUCCAACACAGCGGCACGAAAACGACCAUAUCAAGAGCUGGACGAUACUAGUGAGGGCAGCCAAGACAGCGCCAGGACAGACUCACAAAUGACAGACAUGGCAAUUGAUUCCGUUUCAUCCUUGGGCCGCUCUGCUCUACGACAGGAUGCGUAUGAGGCCAUGUUAAACAAUACAAGUGGAGGCGGUGCCUGGGUACCGAUAUCUCUUCUCUCCACUGAUGCUAAUCACCACGAUGCAGAGGUAGAGCUAUAA